ACAAUGAAUACCAGUAUGAACCCAAUCACACUUCUGAGCCAGAUCCAGCAGAUGGGCGAUCCAAGAACAAGGGACUACCCUCUAGUCGUCAACCCCUUCUUCGUCUUCCCUCUGAUUCUGGGCUACCUGUACUUUGUCAAGGUGGCUGGUCCACGAUGGAUGAAAGACAGGGAACCUUUCGAUAUCAUAAAUAUCGUUCGCAUGUACAACCUUGGCAUGGUGGCUGUCAAUGCCCGGUUCCUCUACAUCGUCCUGAAAACGACCUACCUUCCAGGAGGUCGCUACAGCCUCUGGUGUCAAGGAAUUACCGGAUAUAUGGACGAAGAGUUAACCCAAUACUACAAAGAUGGAUGGUUUUUCGUCGCGGUUCGGUACGUUGACUUUCUGGACACCGUCUUCUUCGUCCUCCGCAAGAAAUUCAGACAAAUCACGCACUUGCACGUCAUCCACCACACCAUCGUGGCGGCAAACGUGUGGUUCUGGACCUUGUUCGCUCCAGAAGGACACGUCGCUUUUGGACUGGCCAUCAACGUGUUUGUGCACAUCAUCAUGUACUCUUACUACUUCCUCGCUACCCUGGGUCCCGGCGUGCAGAAGUACCUCUGGUGGAAGAAGUACCUUACCACGUUGCAGAUCGCUCAAUUUGUUCUUGCCAUGCUUCACUUGUCAAUCCCUUUGUUCGUAGAUUGUGGGUUCCCCAGAUACCUUAUCCUCCUUGGAAACGCGCAGACGUUCCUUAUAUUGGUCUUAUUUGUAAACUUUUAUGUUCACGCGUACAAUCGCAAGGGUCCUUCUAUUAAAAACGAACAGAGUAGCACCGAGGAAGACCUUCAGCAGAAAGUUAAGAAUAGAAAGUACGAUUAG